AAAAACCCUACUGUAACUUCCGACAAAGCGCCGCCAAACACUCCUCACAGCAGCUCCACUGUAAUUAAAAAUCGAAUCUUGAUUCGCCGGCCAUGGAUUCCUUCCCCACCGAUUUAUUACAAGAAAUAUUCAUCAGACUCCCAUUCAAGAACGUCGGCAUCUCCAAAUGCGUCUGCACAUCGUGGUGCGAUCUCCUCUCCGACCAAUCUUUCACCGCCAACUACGCCGCCAAUUCGCCGAUCACCACCGUCUUCGCCGAACAGUCAGUGAUCACCUUCAAUCCCCCCUCCCUUCUUCAAUUCGCCCCAAAUGGGGAUCUAAUCGCGACCCGCAUAAACCCUAAAAUACCCGGAAAAAAUCGAUACAUCGGAAGGGAAAAAAAUUCCACCCUGUACCUCGCCGGCACCGGAAACGGGCUGCUGUUCUUGAUGCUGCGGAAAGCUUUACUCAACCUCGUCACCGAAAAGAUUUAUUUUUUCAACCCAUUUUGUAAAGAAUGUGUUCAAGUUGCAGAAAACAGCUUAGUUCGUCCAGAGUGGAGUUAUGGCUAUAAGUAUAUGAUUGAUUAUGUUCCCGGAAUCAAAAGCUACAAAAUCGUGAGAUUCACCGACCCGGGCAACGAAAAGCCCUCACAAGCGAAGAUUUUCGCCGUCGGGAUCGAUCAAGAAUGGCGAAUCUUGGACGACCCGUUAGUUUCCUCGCCACGUUGGUCGAAUAGGGUUUCUUUCAGGGGAUUCUGCCAUUGGGUUUCCGUGGAUAACGACGGUGUAGUUUCGAUACGCACUCUCGACUUAUCGGAAGAGAAAUUCACUCCCGGGAUUCGAUCGCCUCGUGAAUUGACGCGAAUUUCGUACUACGAAAAUCGGGUCACGGGAUUGAGAGUGUUCAACGAUCGUCUCUCUCUGGUCGAUCGUUCGGAUUUUGAUGAACGUAUUACUAUAUGGACGAUGGAUGAGUACGGAAUCUCCGAUUCUUGGUCGAAAAUUGUCGUACAAUUAAGUUGGCUUCCGUUUGAUAUGAGGAAAAGCGCCGAUCUUUAUCACGCGCUCACAAUAUUACCAAAUGGAAACGUGGUACUUUCUCUAAAAGACAGCGUCGAACUCGUCUCCGUCUGUAUAGAGAAAAAGCAGGCUACUAAAUUUAGGGUUCCCGAUAACGUCACCAACCGUAGCACAUUGUAUGGAACUGCAUUUGCUCCAAGAUUUUAUCCACUCGACGAGGACAGAGUUCGAAGGCAGUGGCAUAAUCGGAAAACUCCGAGUGCGUGGUUGAGUACCGUGUCUAUUGCUCUAUCAGUUGGUGUUGGCUUUGUAUGUUAAGAGGUUUCUUGAUUUUGUUUAUGGCUUGUUUCGAUAAGGUAUAGUAUUUUAUGUCGAUUAAUUAUCUACUUCAAUUUCGUGUUAGAACCAAACACGCGUUUGGUGUUUACUUAAUAAUCGACUCAGUCUUGUUGACUUCUUUUUUUCUUUUUAUGUUCCGUUUCAGAUUUACUAUAUCGAUAGUGGACGAUCACGUCGCAGUAAUUACUAACGUGCAAAAAUCAUGUCUUACAUGGAAGUGGCAGUGGCUGAGGAAGUUGACUUUGACUUUGCCGAUGAUUGAAUCUCGUUCACCUGCUGAUUGAUCAGAACCGUUCAUCUUAAUUGCAUCAAGGAACAUAGUAUACAUACUGUAUGAACUACUGAAGAGCAUUGUACUUGUUUUUUUCUUGAUUUUAUUCUAUGAACUUCUUGUAAUAAUAUGGAAACCUUACCUCAAUCUAUAAUGCAUGACAAUGAAGUUAU